CCGCCCUGUGCGGUCAUGUGACCGUCUCCACUCAAGUCUCCUGUCCUGGCGCUCUCUGAUGACGUCACUAGCUGUCAAUCAUUAGGCUUGUGUCCUUCAACUCCCAGUUCUGCUACCAGCCAUGGCCUCCGCAAGUCGGCAGCUCCUUGCAAGAUGCAUGUCAUCCAGCGCCGCCGCCAAGAAGCUCGCCAUCAAGCAUGUAACGGUGAUCGGAGGAGGCCUCAUGGGAGCCGGGAUAGCACAGGUGGCUGCAGCGACUGGACACACUGUAGUAUUAGUGGACCAGACUGAUGACAUCUUGAAGAAGUCAACCAAAAGUAUUCAAGACAGCUUGAAAAGAGUCACCAAGAAGAUGUUUGCAGACAAGCCUGAGGCUGCUUCUCAGUUCGUUGAGAAAACACUGUCGAACUUCAGCACUAGCACAGACCCAGCGGCCGUGGUACACAGCACAGACUUAGUCGUGGAAGCCAUUGUUGAGAACUUGGAAAUAAAACACGAGCUCUUCAAGAGGCUGGAUAAAUUUGCACCAGAACAUACCAUAUUUGCCAGCAACACCUCUUCACUGCCAAUAACUGACAUAGCCAACUCCACAACUAGGCAGGACCGGUUUGGGGGGCUUCACUUCUUUAAUCCUGUCCCAAUGAUGAAGCUGGUUGAGGUUAUUAAGACACCAAUGACCAGCCAAACUACUUUUGACUCUCUCAUGGAUUUCAGUAAAGCACUUGGAAAGACUCCUGUGUCAUGCAAGGACACCCCUGGGUUUAUUGUUAACCGUCUUCUGGUUCCCUACCUAAUGGAAUCCGUCCGUCUUCAUGAAAAAGGCCAUGCCUCUAAAGAAGACAUUGAUAUUGCCAUGAAACUGGGAGCCGGCUAUCCAAUGGGUCCUUUUGAACUUCUGGAUUAUGUUGGUCUUGACACUAGUAAAUACAUUAUUGAUGGUUGGUACCAGAUGGAACCUGAAAACCCCCUGUUUGCCCCCAGUGAGUUGCUGAAUAAACUAGUUGCUGAGAAGAAACUGGGAAAGAAGACUGGAGAAGGAUUUUAUAAAUACAGAUAACAUGUCCUUCUGCACUGCAAAUAUAUAUUUUUUAUAGUCUCUCUUGCUUGCUAUAUGACUGCUAUGACCUUUCAGCUGAAUGACCUAAUGCAACUUUCAGCAUAUUACACAUUGACACUCUAGUGCCUUAGAGCAAGGAUUCUCUCAUCGUGAUCAAAAUCCUUUUGUACAGCCGCUUACAAACAUUGACCUGUCAGUAGCAAGCUGGAGUCAAUAAAAAUGAAAAAUGUAA